UAAUCGAUCGCAAAGUUAAAUUAAUUUCAGCGACGUCUAUGGCAAGCGGGUUGCAAUGAUCGAGAAAACUUGUGAAGUGUUGGAUUUAGUAAGGAAAAGUAACAUGUUAGAUUUAGAUAAAUGGAUUGAAAUUGCUAAAGAAUGCAAGUAUCUACCCGAAAACGAUCUUAAGAAACUUUGUGACAUCGUUUGUGAUCUUCUUCUGGAAGAAUCAAAUAUUCAACCAGUUAGCACGCCUGUUACAGUUUGUGGUGACAUCCAUGGACAGUUUUAUGAUUUAGAAGAAUUAUUUAGAACAGGUGGAAGAGUUCCAGAUACAAAUUAUAUAUUUCUUGGUGACUUUGUAGAUAGAGGUUAUUAUAGUUUAGAAACUUUUACACGAUUAUUGACAUUAAAAGCAAAAUGGCCAGACAGAAUUACAUUAUUAAGAGGAAAUCAUGAAAGCAGACAGAUAACUCAAGUAUAUGGUUUUUAUGAUGAAUGUCAGACAAAAUAUGGAAAUGCAAAUGCUUGGCGGUAUUGUUGUAAAGUAUUUGAUUUGCUCACUGUUGCUGCUAUAAUUGAUGAACAAGUUCUUUGUGUUCAUGGAGGACUAUCGCCCGAAAUUAAAACACUAGAUCAAGUGAGAGUAAUUGAAAGGAAUCAAGAGAUUCCUCACAAAGGAGCCUUCUGUGAUCUUGUUUGGUCUGAUCCUGAAGAUGUUGAAAGUUGGUCAGUAAGCCCUCGUGGAGCUGGUUGGUUAUUUGGAGCAAAGGUUACCCAUGAAUUUAUGCACUUGAACAAUCUCAAACUUAUAUGUCGAGCACAUCAAUUAGUUCAUGAAGGUUUCAAGUAUAUGUUUGAUGAUAAAUUAGUAACUGUUUGGUCAGCACCUAACUAUUGUUAUCGUUGUGGUAAUAUAGCAGCAGUUUUAGCAUUUUCGGAUGUUGACAAUCGAGCACCAAAACUAUUUAAUGCUGUGCCAGAUUCGGAACGUGUGAUACCAUCUCGCAAUACAACACCAUAUUUCUUAUAAGAAAUAAAAAUCAAUAUGGUAAUUAUUACAAAUGUAAAGUGUACACAGUUACCUUAAAAAUAUAUUUUAAAGACAACUUUUGUCUAUCCCUUAAUUGUUGGCCAAUAUAUAUUGUAAGAAGUGUCAUUCUAAAUUUAAAUAUGCAUGAAAAUAAAUGUUUGUUACUUUAUCAUAAUUUUAUUU